ACCAAUGCCAAGAUCCAGUAAUUAUAUAAAUUAAUAAUUAGGUCUAUGCAACUGCAAUGUACCAAACUCGUCUACCUAACGAACUGGAACGAGUUUUAUCGAAUAGAGAGCAAAGAUCCGCAGCAGAGGUGCAUCAAGAUAUCGAACCAGAUCAAAUUGUAGAAAAAUCCUCAGAUACCGACUUUUUUUCCUCAGACCAAGAAAAGCAAGACGAAAAUCACACAAAAAUCCAGCCAAACAAAUUGAAACAUCGCAAAAGAAAGAAAAAGCCAAAAAACCCCCAAAACAGAUCAAAAAUCCCACCAAUAACAGAAAAACCGCCACCCACAUCGGAACCCCUCCCAGAAAACGUGGUGGUCGAAUAUUUGGAGGAGGAAAUUAAGUUUGACGUGAACGACCCGAACUAUCUCGACUACACCCGAAUAUUGGACGCAUUCAAGACGGCGGAGGCUCGUUCGCAGCCGAAUCGAGUCGUAGUCCGCAAUGACAGCAAUGCAGUCAAAGACGAGGCCAUGAACGUGGUCCCCGUCAAGGCAAGAGGUGCCUAUGCUCAGUUGGAGGUCGAGAAGGAGGUUGUGUCACGACUGACUGUUUAGAUUCGCGAAAACAAGGAUAAUCGAAAGCUGUCUAAAAAGCAGUGGAAAAAGCUGAAUCGGUACACUGUGGCUGAAC